AUGUCCUACUCUCGAGAACGAAUCACGACGCGCUCUGACGCGCCCAUUAUCAAUCCUUACGAGCAAUUUACACAGCCAGAAUUUGACGACUUUAUCGGCGGACUGACGAGCAAGAUUCGAGACGCACUCGACCCGCGCGCACGGCUCCGCAAUAGGGACCGAACAGCAGGAUCUGAGGGCGACUUUUCGCAUUCGGCCUGUUUUACGAGUAUUCGUUUGGCCAGCGACGGAAGCGUUCCUCGGUCGAGUGAAGAGGUACAAGAGGAAGAGGAAGAAGGGGAAGAGGAGGAAGAUGAGUUGGACGAGGAGCGAGAGCCGACGCCGGUCAAAACGCCUGCGCCAAUGGUUGUUGUCAGUGGCGCUGGGGAUGAAGACAGUCCGUUUGUCAUUUCUGAUGAUGAGGAAGAGGACAAUGUUCCAGCGCCAAUACCUCAAGUGGCCAGUCCAAAGCCGGCCUCGACUCUGGAGCAAGUAGAGGAAUACGAGGACCAGGAAGACGAGAUUGGAGGGGAUGAAGAAGAAGAGGAAACGGACUCUGUACUUCUUGACGGAUGGAACGGUGCUCCUGAGGAUAAUGUGCAGGACGUUGACGACGAUGAAGAGUUGCAAGCAGGUGAAGGGUACGAUGUCGAAGAGAAUGCAGAUGACGCUACCGACCAGCAAGAUGGUGAAGAUACGAGAGAAGGCUCUCAUCAACUCGACGAAUUCUUCACGGCAGAUGCAGACCAUGCCAACUUUUUCAUGACCGACAUGCCGCUUAUGGCCGAAUACGUCGAGCACGAGGUCACACAUCAACCUACGCCAGGCAUUCUCCCAAGUCAAUUCCAUAUCCCCAUUCUUCGCCCCGUCGACCAACUUCGCCCAGGAAGGAGGUCAAAUGAACACGAGGAAUCACAGCGAGUUACCUGGAAUCUUUCGCCGAGUACGCGCCAAGACACCCGCCUGCAAGAGCCGGAUGAAGAGCAAGCUAUUGGCACGCAAUCGACUGGAAUAGACGAUCUGAUAUCUUCGACUACACCACCGCUCUCCUUCUGGUUUCACGACACAGUCGCUGACCCAUCACUGGUCUCAGACAACUCGUCAAUCGCCACCAGUAUUGCAGCGGUCGCCGAGCAGGCACAGGACGCUGCCGUUAUCCAUCCGGUUGAUUCGCCUCCGAACGAGUUGGGUGACGCAGACCGUACGUUGCCGGCUGAAGUCGUGCAAGACCUCAAUCGCGACGUCGUCGACUUUCCAGACCCUCAUCGUGUCCCAGAACCGACACUUUUUGGAACUCCGGAGGGCGUUUCGGGCAUCUCCGGACAUGCUGUUGACCCAAGUCUCUGGGCGGAAGCGCCAACGUCCAACGUUAGCGAACAGGAUGCUAGUAGCACAAAGGAGGAAGAGACCAUCUCGCCUAAAUCUCAAUCACCGGAUUUACCACCCGCGUAUAUGCUUAUUCCUCCACAAAUAGACACACGAGAGUCUAGCAAUUCCCAAUUAGGCGGACAUCGUGACGCUUCCGAGCACCAAACCGCCUCCAUUCCUCUGGAAACGCCACAAGAGGAGUUGGAUUUGCUGGGUCAAGUCUUUUGCGGCAAGAUAGCGACUUGCCUUCGACUAUCGAUGGGGACGAGGAGCUGGAAGCAGCUCAGACUGUUCGAGGCGACCAUAGAUGCGGAUCCUGUGGAACCAGGACCUCGAAUCGGCGAAUCCACCUUGCGCUCAGAUGACGAGAGUAGUGCCUUGACAUCGGAUGAAGAGCAACCAGCCAAUGCUCGUACUCGGCGCAAGAUUGCCAAGGGAAAGCGGCAUGCUCCCAUGGGCAGUCGUGAACUCAAAGCACUAGAACUGGACCCUCUAACGCUGGAUAUGCCCCGAGCGCGACGUACUCGAUCCACACAGCCGUCACCAGUUGUUUCUUCUGCUCUUCCUACGUCCAAGGGUAAACGUGUCGAAACGGAGUGCAUCCAGUCCUAUCACACCCACUGUGGCACCAAAGAGGACAAAGCACAACCUGAGGAGUCAACCUACACUGUCGUCUACUUCAAGGCAUCAUCUCCAGCCUUGUCCCAUGUUGCUUCAAAGGCAGGCGAGAUCGAGGGCUCCGUUGAUCACGACGGUCAAGCGAAAGCGCAUAGCUCGAGGGUCGCUCACGGGGAUGACGAAGAUUAUCUGCCCGAGGAGGCUGAGCGGAGCAUCAAGAAGCGAAAGGUGGCUGCACAAGAGCAAGACUUGGAUCACAGCCUGGAAGUGGUAGACCUUGGAUCGGUCCUAGAGCACGCGGAAGCGGACACGGCACAAAAAAGCCUUCCAAAUCGAAAAAGAGAACGGCGGAACUUCGAGGAGAAUCUCAGCGUGACUUCCACUACGCGUUCUGAAAGUGAAGGUUCGGAUUUUGAGCCUGAUGCUCAAAGGGACGAGGAGGAGAAUUCUAGCGCUGAAGAGACUGUCGAGGACCAUGCACAACUGCCAGACCGCAGCGGAGAAGCCGAUAGUCAAGCGACUGAUCAAAAUCCCGCUGAUAGUCACCCAAAACGCAAGCAUCUGCCGCGUGGUCACAGAAUACCCAACGACUUGCGCGUCUACAAGCCCGAUGGCGGCGAGUCGCCUGACGAAUACUUGCCAGAGACGGAGAUUGCAUACCUCAUGGACGUGCGAGGGAUUGCAGAAGGAAGCAGAAACGGAAAGCACAAGGCUAAGCCUCUAUACGACGAGAAGGCUAGUCAAGAUGCAGAAGGGACUCACUCAAUCACCAAGCCUCGCAAGCCGCGAUCAAAACAGUCAAAGAAGGCCAAACCCGCCGCACCUGCUGAAGAGGUCAAGCCAAAGGCGAUAGAUGAGGCUCCAGUGGCUUCACCAUCUCUUGCAUCAGACUCUGCAGCGCCGUCGACAAAGACUGAGCCUCGCCAAGGGAGCGUUGCCACCUCUUCGUCGAUGGAGGUCGAUGCGCCACCCGCUUCAAAAAUGCAAGUCAAGACUACUGGCCUAUGGAGUAGCCUCAGGAACUUCUGGGGCGCUGCCAGCGCUCCGACCACUCAGGCGGAUGCGAAAGGUUCAGGGGAGGACGAUAGUAUGGAUGUCGACUAG